CAGCCAACCCUUUCCUAGGAAACUGUGCUCUUGUAUCGUCUACCCAGCCUCAUUUCAAGGUGCCUCGCUAUGGCGGACGCUAAUUGCUGCGUUCCCUUUGGGGUCGGCAAUGGCUUGUUUUCUCUCAACGGAGCUCGUUUCGCCCUCAUCUUGUCAACGCUUCUCACCACUUUUGCGUCCCUCGUUAAAGCCAUCCCCGUUCAACACUCCGAAACCAUUCUGGUAGCUGCAGAGCCUCCGAAGCCCGCAGGCGACCUAGGCCUGUGGGCAUAUCUGGGCACUGCGGUCGCUCUCGUUUUACUUGGAGGGGCUUUCGCCGGCUUGACCAUCGCGUUGAUGGGACAAGACGAAAUCUACCUCCAAGUCAUUGCCACUUCGGGUGAAGGCCCCGAGCGCAAGAAUGCAAAGAAAGUCCUCAAGCUGCUUAAGAGGGGCAAGCACUGGGUGCUGGUGACACUACUUCUGAGCAACGUUAUCACCAACGAAACUCUCCCUAUUGUACUGGACAGAUCGCUCGGAGGCGGUUGGCCUGCUGUUCUCAGCUCUACCGUCCUUAUCGUUAUUUUCGGCGAAAUCGUGCCUCAAUCGAUAUGUGUUCGCUACGGAUUGCCCAUCGGUGCUUGGAUGUCCCCCCUCGUACUCGGCUUGAUGUGGAUCAUGGCUCCUGUUGCUUGGCCCACCGCGAAACUGCUUGAUAAGCUUCUAGGCGAGGACCAUGGAACAACAUACAAGAAAGCUGGCUUAAAGACCCUCGUUACGCUACACAAGACGCUAGGCACGAGUCCAAACGACCGUCUAAACCAGGACGAGGUCACCAUCAUCACUGCAGUGCUGGACUUGAAAGAGAAGGCUGUUGGCAGCAUCAUGACGCCCAUGAAGGAUGUUUUCACCAUGUCAGCCGACACUGUGUUGGAUGAGGAUAUGAUGGACACGAUUCUCUCAGCUGGAUACUCUCGGAUACCCAUUCAUACACCGCAGAACCCCAAGAACUUUGUCGGCAUGCUCCUCGUUAAGAUGCUCAUCACCUACGACCCUGAGGACGCCCUCCGCGUGCGAGACUUUGCCUUGGCGACAUUACCCGAGACACGACCUGAAACCAGCUGCUUAGAUAUCAUAAACUUCUUCCAGGAGGGGAAAUCACACAUGGUGCUCGUUUCGGACUAUCCUGGAGAGUCCUAUGGCGCAGUCGGUGUUGUUACCCUUGAGGAUGUUAUUGAGGAGCUUAUCGGAGAGGAAAUCAUCGAUGAAUCCGACGUCUUUAUUGACGUUCACAAAGCUAUCCGCCGCAUGGCGCCAGCGCCUCGGACCCGCAUCCCCAAAGGCGACAUUAUCGCUGAUAGUUCCCGUCCAUCUGAACUGAAGCUGGAGGCUGAAACUACGAACCUGCUUCAGAAAAUCUCAACCGCGCCCGAAUACAGGAAGUUGUCAGUCCCAGAAAACACGAGCGAUGGAAAGAUACCGACCACGUUCCUCAUGCGCCGUCGUAGCAGCGGCCAAGGGUCCAUCGACCGAGGCACCGUCGUUUUUCGAAGCGACGACCCUGAAGUCAUGCAGCACCUAAAACAUCUAGGCCCAUCCAACGCAGCCACUAGACCAAAACAAACACGAAUCAACACGGUUAAGAUCAAGCCGGGUCUCGUCAACAACAUACCGAACACCAUUCCAGAGAAUACGCAAGCUCAGCUAGAACCAGUGAUCGUUACUCCAUCCCAUGCCCCUCAGGGCGGUGCUGGUGAGGGGCUGCUCGACUCUGCAGGUCGCGAUGCCAGCGAUGGUGUGCAUAGCCUCGCCGUGGGGUAUGGCACUAUGUCGACCGCCUCCAAGGGAAUGUCGUGGGGAUCACCAGACUCACACUCAAAGACUCAGAACAAGGAAGAACGGACGUCACCAAACUCCCAAUCCGCCAACCAGAACAACCAGAAUGGGAAGAUUGUGAUCGAUCUUCGUCCGCAACAGGACCGUCCACCGUCACCGAGCACAGUUGGCUCAUUGCAUUCCAUUCGCUCCGCAUCUGCACCUGCACCGAUGAAGAGGCACACGGCGCGUAGCGGAAGCAUCUCAGAGAACAUUGUGGAUCUCAAUGGAGUCAAAAAGAUCGUUCUUGAGACUACUAGUUCGAGCGAAUCUGAAGACAAGACUACUGGCGGCGAAGCUGACGUUUUCCAGGAUCGCCGAACGGACGAGGGGUUUGAUGGCAAGAGCGAGGACAAGAAGAGCGGCAAGAAGAGGCGCAAGAAGAGGGGUAAAAAGAAGCCCAAGAACGGUGCUGGUGAGAGUAGCGAGUCGCAACCGCUGCUUGGGGGUGACAAUCAUUAAAUUAGGAAGACGAGGGACAGAGUUGAGUUGAGCAUGCUUUUCUUGUAUGAAUACAGCCUAGGCGUUUUUGGGUGGCGUCUGCCUCUCGGCUGGAGGGUACUGUUUAGCAGGAGUUAAGUUGCAACGAGGCGAAAAGCGGCGGUAUUCUAGGUACUUAAUUCCUUAAGCAGUGUAUAGAAUAGCUUCUCUCUAGUGUGC